AUGGACCAAAGUUGUACGUUAGAAACAAUCAAGAAAUACUGCAGACGUAACGAGUUGCAGACACUCCUCCCGAAGCGGUGUAAGAAAAAGGAUGCAACGCAGAGCCAGGCAGAGGAGAGGACGGCGCAAGAAGGGGACCUGAACUUGGGAGGCUGUAUUGAAAAGGUGCACUACCAGCAACAAUACAGGAGCCCGGGAGGAGAGCUCAACAACGGCGGCGCCCUUAGCUAUCCGGAACGCCCAAAAAUAAAGAUAAUAAAAAUGUCCUCGAUUGGGCGCACUUUCUGCCACGAGACCUCCCAGUCUGCCUUCUCCGGUUCCUAUCUCCAGUCUGCCGGUCACUGGAGUUCUAUGGUGCCAUGUCACUUCCUCGACCUGCGCCGCUAGUGACGCCAUUACGGAGCAUUUACUCUCUGAUGCCUGCUUUCAGCAAACAGUUCCGGGAGGUCGAGUCACCCUGCGGGCUCCUGUCUGGGGGAGGUGACACAUCCACUCCCUGCCCCCCCCACCCUCUCGCUGCACAUUCACGCUCCAUGCACUCUCCUCGU